AACAAUCCUGCACUCCACACCCCGCGGCCCCGGCGAAGACCCACCCACGGGGGACGCGUGGUUCACGGCUGGCACGCUCUGCUUGUGGUUCUGCGGGUGACAGUCUGGAACUUCAGUGUCCUCAGAUUCUUUGCAUCCCCUGGAGAGAAGCCAAGAUCAUUUAUUUUCCUGGAGGAAGCAUGUAGCGCCUUGCUAAGCUUUGCUUGUCAAUCCAGGUCCUACAGCCUUUUGAGGGGGAGCGGACUACGAUGUGGAUGAACGGGAGAAGUCGGAGCCUCCACCCGACGCGUUGCUUCCUCCUGGAAGACCCUCCAGUGGGAGCGGAGCCGCUGUCUCCCGCGGCGAUCAGCGCCGAGGCUCAGGCCCCUGUGUAGGUGGAAAUGGACAGAAGGAGCACGCUGCCGGUGGUCUAGACGGGGGAGCCCUUGCCGGGGUCGGGGGCCGCGAUGCCACGUGGUCUGGACGCAUGGCCCUCCCCUGAGUGACCAUGGUCCGCCGCGGGCUGCUGGGCUGGAUCUCUCGCGUGGCCGUGCUCCUGGUGCUGCUCUGCUGCACCGUUUCGGUCCUCUACAUGUUGGCAUGCACCCCGAAAGGUGACGAGGAGCAGGCCUUGGGGCUCCCCCGGGCCAAUGGCCCCACGGGCAAAGAAAGCUACCAGGCCGUGCUGCAGGAGCGCGAGGAGCAGCACCGCAACUACGUCAGCAGCCUCAAGAGACAGAUCGCCCAGCUCAAGGACGAGCUCCAGGCCCGCAGCGCGCAGCUCCGGACCGGCCAGGAGCAGGCCAGCGAGGCCGCAGGCCUGCACCCGGCCCCGGGCCCUCCCGCACCCCCAGCCCAGGCCGACCUGCUGGCCUUCCUGCGCGCCCAGGUGAGCAAAGCGGAGGUGCAGACCGGGGUGAAGCUGGCCACCGAGUACGCCGCCGUGCCUUUCGAGAGCUUCACCCUGCAGAAGGUGUACCAGCUGGAAACCGGCCUGACCCGCCACCCCGAGGAGAAGCCCGUGAGAAAGGACAAGCGAGACGAGCUGGUGGAAGCCAUCGAGUCGGCCCUGGAGAGCCUGAACAACCCUGCGGAGAGCGCCCCAAAUCAGCGAGCGUACACCGCCUCGGACUUCAUAGAAGGGAUCUACCGAACAGAAAGAGACAAAGGCACUUUGUACGAGCUCACCUUCAAAGGGGACCACAAACACGAAUUCAAACGACUCAUCUUGUUUCGGCCCUUUGGCCCUAUCAUGAAAGUGAAGAAAGAGAAACUCAACAUGGCCAGCACACUUAUCAACAUCAUCGUGCCGCUGGCAAAGAGGGUGGACAAGUUUCGGCAGUUCAUGCAGAACUUCAGGGAGAUGUGCAUCCAGCAAGAUGGGAGAAUUCAUCUCACCGUUGUUUACUUUGGGAAAGAAGAAAUGGAUGAAGUAAAGGGAAUCCUCGAGAACACGUCCAAAGCCGCCAACUUCCGGAACUUCACCUUCAUCCAGCUCAAUGGGGAAUUCUCCCGGGGAAAGGGCCUGGAUGUUGGCGCCCGCUUCUGGAAGGGGAGCAACGUCCUUCUGUUUUUCUGUGACGUGGACAUCUACUUCACCUCUGAGUUCCUCAACACGUGUAGGCUGAACACACAGCCAGGGAAGAAGGUGUUUUAUCCAGUGCUUUUCAGUCAGUACAAUCCUGGCAUCAUCUACGGCCAUCACGACGCAGUGCCGCCCCUGGAACAGCAGCUGGUCAUAAAGAAGGAAACUGGGUUCUGGAGGGACUUCGGAUUUGGGAUGACUUGUCAGUACCGGUCAGACUUCAUCAACAUAGGUGGGUUUGACUUGGACAUCAAGGGCUGGGGCGGAGAGGACGUGCAUCUGUACCGCAAGUACCUCCACAGCAACCUCAUCGUGGUGCGGACACCCGUGCGGGGACUCUUCCACCUGUGGCACGAGAAGCGCUGCGUGGACGAGCUGACCCCUGAGCAGUACAAGAUGUGCAUGCAGUCCAAGGCCAUGAACGAGGCGGCUCACGGGCAGCUGGGGAUGCUCAUCUUCCGGCACGAGAUAGAGGCUCACCUUCGCAGACAGAAGCAGAAGACAAGCAGCAAGAAAACAUGAGCCCUUGCCCCCAGGGGUGGAUUUGAGGGAGACAUUGAAUUGGCUGUUCUUAUGUUACUCAAAAAACAAACCUGCAACAAGGAAUAAACUUGGAUCAAGGGUGGGGGGUGGGGGGAGAAGACUCUGAUGAAGAGAGAGAGCCUCCAAUUAAAAUCCCCACUUUGUGAACAUUGUUCCAAUGAACCCCGAGAAUUCUCCCAAAGUCGGAAAGAUUGGGAGAUGGCAAGAUGUCCGCUGGUGCGGACAUUUUGGUUGUGUUUACUGUUACGCCAUUUUUCUCCCAAGAGUAACCAAAAAUAACCCUAUCCUUUUGGUUGUCUUUUUAUCCGUCUCCAUUUGUUUAUUUUAUUAUUAAUGUACUUUGUGUGGCUUGUGAGUUACAGUCUGCUUAAUUAGCCAUUUGCUAACCUUACUAAAAAAGCACAAGAUGACAUAAAUGAUUUUAUGUUUUUUUUAAUUUUAAAGAAGAUUCUUUGAAUGCAUUAUAAUAUCUUUCAGAUUGGAACAUCCAAAUGAUAGUGGGUCCAAGGACCUGCCAAAUUCUUACCCGUCAGACACUGAAUGUCUGUCCUUGACACAUGGACAAAUUGCUGCUGGACCAUUGUGAGAAAGAGACACAGAAAAGUGUGUCUGAAGAGGAGCAACCUAACACUGGAGGAAAGGGAAGAGACGCUUCCUCAGGACCUCUUGAUAUAUUUUAAAAGUCCAAGAAUGAACCCAUUCUAAUCUCAGAAGAAAUGAGGACCACUUUCUUAUCUGUUUAAACCAAAGCUAUGAAGCAAGCAAUCUCUUUUCAAAGCAGCAUGGUCCUUUGGGCUUCUGGCUUCCCUGAGAAGAAAUGCAGAAAAAUACAUUUUGAGAAAGAUCCAUCUAUCUGCCCAGAGUCCAGCGAAAGCAUGGUUUUAUUACAUGCUCACCUUACCCUAGACAAGGUGGAAGUAACUCAAUUAUUUUCUACCAUUAAGCAGUUUUAUUCAAUCACCAAGAUGCUUCUGAAAAUUGCAUUUGAUUACCAUUUCAAAUUAUUAAAAAAAUAAAUACGGUUAACAUUGAAUGGUUUCUACAUCCACAUGAGAAUUAUUUAUUUAUUACCAGCACCAGAUGCAUGAGCUAAUUAUCUCUCUGAUUCCUUGCCUUCUGUUUGCCGACAGUGAACUCAUUGUUUAAGAGUUUCAAGAACAUUCAAGCUGUUGGUGUGUACAAAAAAAAAAGCAUUGUAUUGAUUUGUUCUGGUAGUUCAUAAAAUUUAAUUAAACCACAAGACAUGAAUUGAAGGUGGCAUUUGCACAGCUAAUAAAAUAUGAUUUGUGGAUUUGCUUUCUUCUUGAA